AUAUUAUUAUCUAGUAGUAUAAUAAUAACUUAUACUCACUAUGCCUUAAUUAAAGGAGAUAGAGGGGGAGCUUUAUACGUAGAAUAUAGUGUAUUAUCAUUUACUAUAAGUUUCCACGGAUUCCACGUUAUAAUAGGUAUAAUAUUCUUAGCUAUAGGUUUAUAAAGAAUUUAUAUAUACUAUUUAACAGACAAUUAUC